AUGAAGAGCCCGCACCUGGCUCAGCGGAUAUCACGGUGGCUCUCAUUCUUCCCUGAGUACAACUUUAUUGUGCACUACAAGCCAGGCAAGACCAAAAUUCUUGCUGACGCGCUGUCACGACGCCCAGACUACGACCCUCGGAUAGCACUGAGUCGUCAGGCUACUGACGACGAUGAUGAGGAUGGUCGAUGUGCGAUGUGCGACGUGUGUGUCGUUGUACUUAACUCGGGUCACAUCCAAACUAUCCCUUUUUGA